GGGAGAUAAAGUGUAGCUCUGUCAGUUCAGUGUCAGAGUGUGACACUUCUCUGAAACAGAAAUGGCUUUCCUCAGUCUCUUACCUUCUAGAAAUUUACUUAGUCACCUUUUCCACUCUGCCCUCACAGGUGGGCUUCUUUUUCUUUGUCUGCUCAUAAAUGUGACCAUUAUCGCCAGUCCUACUCAAACUCCCAAGACCAUCCUCAUCACGUCCACUGCAGAAACUUUACCCGCUUUGCCUGCUGAUGAUCCUGCCGGCCCACAGGAGGCGUCUUAUUUACAACAGCCUCCAAAGACCAAAGCCGUGGAAGGGGAAGAUGUGGUGUUUCCCUGUUUUUUAAAGAAUGAUGUGGAUGAAGUGCAGGCUGUGGAGAAGGUGAGGUGGUACAUGCAGAGUUCGGAGGGAAGGAAGAAUGUUCUACAAGCGAACGAGACAGUGGAGGAUGUCUUUGCUGGCCGUGUGUUUUUGUCUGGUGAUCUGUCUGAGGGAGAUCUCUCCAUGACGCUAAGGAAUAUUUCGGUGAAGGAUCGAGGGCUGUAUUUUUGUGCCUUUAUGUCAACAAACUCAACUAUUCUUCAGGGAGGCGGGACCAAACUCAGCAUCCGCAAAUGGUUGGGUGUGAUUGAAGAGUCUGUGGGCACUAUAAUUGGCAUCGUUGUGGCAGUUGUUGGCGUGGCAGUGGGGCUGGUUGCUUUGAUACUGACUCAGUUCAAGGACAAGCUGAACUGCCUGCAGAAAUGACACGGGAGAGACAGCGUUGGAGUAUGAAGGUUAAAAGUGCGGGGAGGUUUGGUAAAGGCCAAAGGUAAAAGUGAACAAACACACGUCCGCUCACACUGCCAAGAUCUGACCGCAGUGCAGAGAAUGACUUAAGUGAACGGGGAGGCAUUUAGCUCACCCCAUAUUCUGAAUGAUAAUAUAUACGAUUACAGAGACAAAUAGAUCCAGUGACCCUCCUCAAAUACAUCAGCUCUAACAUGAACUGUCGAGCUGCAUUAGUACAUGAAUAAGAAUAAGUACAUGAACUGUUUGAAAAUACAUGGAUUUCUACAUAAAUGGUUCCUAAGAUGAAAAAUAGUUUUGGUUCAUGAUAUUAUUUGAGUUAUUAUAUGCCUGAUACAACUUUCAGUUCAUUGCUCUGUCAGUGUUCAAAACCAUCCAUGUCUCCAAAAUCAUAUCUGCACACCUGCUUUUGCUUUUUAUUGACCUAUAUGCAUGCACAGAACAACAUAUGAUAGAUGUUAUUUAGUACACACUGAUUUAAGUCCUUUGCAUACCUCAAGUUGAGCAGAUGGACUGUUGAGUGGAUAGAAUGUUUAACAGAGGUUGAACUGGCUUCAUACCAGAGUACCAUUAUGGAGCUAUAUCAAUCAGAAACUGAUCUUGUUUCAGCACUCAACACUGAAUACAUUUCCUCUCAAGAGAUGCCUGAUCUCAACACUCAUGCUGUGCUUCAGUAUUCUGUCUUGAUUAAAGAACCUAAUUGCAAAGUUCUUCAUUUUCACCUACAUGCCUAUUGUAAGACCCAGCAGGGCCUUCGCCUCAGAAAUAGCUAGUUGUGAAGUGGUUUUGUGACUUUGUGAUUGUGACUGUCCCAUAGGCUUAGGUUUGUUUACUGUGAAAAUCACCAUCUAUCCUUCUGACACAAAUA